UACCAAGAACAAAAGAACGACAAUGUCCUACGCAUAUUUAUUCAAAUACAUUAUUAUUGGUGAUACUGGAGUUGGCAAAUCAUGUCUCCUGUUGCAAUUCACCGAUAAACGUUUCCAGCCCGUUCAUGAUCUAACAAUUGGCGUUGAGUUUGGUGCCCGCAUGAUCACCAUCGAUGGCAAACAAAUUAAAUUACAAAUUUGGGAUACAGCCGGUCAGGAAGCAUUCCGAUCAAUAACACGUUCAUAUUAUCGUGGUGCUGCCGGUGCCCUGCUCGUUUACGAUAUAACACGUCGGGAAACAUUUAAUCAUUUGACCACAUGGCUGGAAGAUGCUCGUCAGCAUUCAAAUUCCAAUAUGGUUAUUAUGUUGAUAGGCAAUAAGAGUGAUUUGGAAUCACGCCGUGAGGUAAAGAAGGAAGAAGGUGAAGCAUUUGCCCGUGAACAUGGUCUUGUAUUUAUGGAAACAUCAGCACGCACAGCCGCAAAUGUUGAAGAAGCCUUCAUCAAUACAGCCAAAGAAAUUUAUGAAAAAAUCCAGGAGGGUGUUUUCGAUAUAAAUAAUGAGGCCAAUGGUAUUAAAAUCGGUCAACAACAUUCCCCCACAAAUCCAUCACUGCCUGGUUCAGGCAAUCAAGCCGGGUCAGCUAGUAGCGGAUGUUGUUAAAAGUUUCUUAAUUGUCCCCCUUCCUAUCCUCCCGUAUAACCGUAUAAACUUUUUAACAAGACAGACGUAAAAAUAACUAACACUAAAUAUAAAAACACUCGUAAUUAUUUUUUACAUAACAACAA